UUUUCCUCUCGGUCUCUGCUCUGAUACAACUUCCUGUUUACAAUGUCCGCCAUUUGCGUGACGUCAGCCACCUUUACUGACCACGGAAACGUCCUGGUUUAGGUUUAGGGGCGGACCCCCUCCAGGCUGGACCUCCUGGACUGGACUGUGGGCCUCAGAUGGGUGUUUGGAACACACUGGUUUCCUGAACCGUCCAGAGGAACCACCUGGAACCACCAGGAUCUGAGCAGAGGGUCCAGGUCCACGGACCACGCAGGGACCAUGUCCACUUUACAGAGGUUCUCUGUCAACACCAAUGAGUCUCUGAACUUCGAACCUUGUGAGGACGAGUGUCCGUGUCCGCCUGGAGCAGAAGACGGACACGAUGAUGUGUUUAAGAAGGACGAAGCGCAGACUGAAACGGCCGUGAUUCGGACUCGGCUGCAGGGGAAGGUGGCAGAGAUGGAGAAUUUCGCAGGUCAUCUGGAGGAGAUCUUCCUGACUGUGGAGGAGAACUUUGGGCGCCAGGAGCAGCAUUUGGAGCAGCACUACAAUGACGUCCUGCAGACUCUGUCCCAGCGCUACGACGACAGGGCGUCCGGCCUGGAGGAGCACAAGAAGGCCAAACUGGAGGAACUGUACCGGCAGCUGCUGGCCUGUGGGCGGGCCCUGGACGGAGCCAAGGAACUGAUCGAGACAGCCCAGGAGUUGUACCGGCGCCAGGACAAGAGGCUGUUCCUGAAGGAAGUGAGUCCAACGAUUCAAAGGAUGGAGGAGUUUUCCAGAGCAGACCAUGAGCUGACUCUGUCCACACCUCUGGACUUCAACUCUCAACUCACUGACCUGUCUGACGUCAAGACCAUGAUGGACUCCAUCAACAUCGUUCCAGCUCCGUCGGCCCCUGUCAUUAACCCUCAGAUGUCCAACUCGGCAUCCCAGACGUCUCUGAGGGUCUGCUGGAGUCUGUUCUCUGAUGACACCGUGGAGUUCUUUGAGUUGUACUACAGACCAGUUCUGGAUGACACGCCAGCGGACGGCGCUGCUUCACCGCAAGUGAACCAUGUGAAGGUGAAGGAGACCCACUGCACGGUGACCGACCUGCUGCCCAAUGCCCAGUACGAGCUGUGGGUGACCGCCACCAACACCACCGGCAUCAGCCCUGUCAGCGAGAAGGCCUUGUACAUGACGGUGCCUUCGCCGCCGUUCAUCAAACACAGAGAGUGUACGAGCUGUCCGGAGGCAGCGCUGAUCCGAUGGGAGUCAGGGAACGCCAACCCUGUGGACUCCUACACGGUGGAGCUGAGAGAGGGUGGAGCUGAGAGCGCAGAGGAUGCCAUCACCCAGUCGAUUGUGGCCCUUCCCACAUGUCAGUGUUUGGUUCAGCUGCAGCCGCGGCGCCGUUACACCAUCUGUGUCCGAGCCGUGAACAUAGGUGGACCCAGUGAACCCAGUGACGCCAUCAGCAUCUACACAACAGGGACCUUCUUCUACCUGCUGGAAGACGGGGCUCAUCCAUGUCUGUCCAUCUCUGAGGACGGAUUCACCAUGUUCUAUGGAGAUGAAGAACCGCCCAUCAGCGCCAUGGCCUUAGAAGAGCACGCCUUCACCAGGUGUGUAGCCAUCCUAGGGGAUCUGAUCCCAGUUCGGACUCGUCAUUACUGGGAGGUGGAGGUGGACGAUGGGGCAGAGUUCAGAGUGGGCGUGGCCUAUGAGGACAUGGAGAAGAAUUCCUACCUGGGAGCCAAUGAGACAUCCUGGUGUAUGAGACACAUCCUUACUCCGUCCAGACAUAAAUAUGAGUUUCUUCACAACAACUGGAGCCCAGACCUGAGGAUCACGGUGAACCCGGUCCGGAUCGGACUGGCCCUGGACUACGACAGGGGGACGCUGUCCUUCUAUAACGUGGACCUGGGUCAGCACCUGCACACCUUCCACACCCACUUCAGAGACUACGUCCAGCCCUGUUUCAGCCUGGACCACCCUGGGACCCUCACAGUCCACAACGGCAUCCAGGCCCCGGACUACAUCUUCACUUGAGUCCAGAUCAGCCUGGACCUGGACAGGGACGGACCAACACAGCCUGGACCUGGACUGGGACGGACCUGGACUGGGACAGACCGACUCAGCCUCAUUAAUAUCAGCAUCAGUAUCACCUCCUCUGUCGUCUCCAUGUUUGUUAUUACUGACUUUCUUCUUCUUCUUCAUUAAACUUUCCUCUUCUUC